UUCACCGCUAAAAAAGGAUCUAAAUUUUUUAAUUUGAAACAAUUGAGCAGAUUAAAAAUUUAUAACAAAAAACUUUCGAUAAAAUAUUUAAAACAAGUUUUGAAAUGAUAAAAAUAAUAGCUUUGAAUGAAGAAAUCGAUUCGGAAGCCAAUAGUGACGAUGAAAUUCGAGUCACAAAAGAAGCAGAGGAAACUAUAGCAGUCUCAGAAUAUAUGAGAGCACUUAAGUAUAAAGCAGAUAAAGAUUAUGAAAAUGCUAUGAUAUUAUUUACGGAGCUAUUGGAAACAACGGUGCUUAAUGAGUUGUCUGCGGAAGAUAAAGAGAACAAGCUUUAUUCUGUUAGGUACAAUUGUCACAAAAAUAUUGCUUACAUAUACGAAGAAAAAAAGGAAUAUGAACAGGCUUUGGAAAAUUAUAUGAAGGCUCUAGAAUUAGAUGACACAGAAGUUUUUAUGAUGAACCGUAUGGGCCAGUUAGCUUUAAAACUUGAAAAGUGGGAUUUAGCUGAAUAUGUGUUUCAGAAAUGUUUAGCAAGAAAUCCUAAUCAUUGGGCGGCUGCGGACGGGGUUUUAGAUUGUUUAUGUAAAACUGGAAAUAUAAUGGGUUCAUACGGUUGGGCAUUAAAAUUGUAUUUGAAAGACAAUGAUUAUAUAAAGGCUGAGGAUGUUUUGAUAGAAAUUACAGAAACUUUUGAAGAUGUAAUACCCUUCUUCGAAAAAGUUUGGCCCACUCCAUUCACUCGGAAAUCUCCCAAGACCAACGUAAGAAAAAAGAGCGUUUUCCCAGGCCCAAAUCCAAAUAUUAAAGAAGAAAAUGAAAAACUUGUUAAACCUGCUUUAGAUAAAUUCAAAGCAGAUGCUUUGAAUUGGUUAACUGUUGGAAAAUUUAUUGUGUCCCUUUACAAUCACUUGAUGGAAACAAAACAAUGUCCGGUCUUCAUUUUAGCAGUUUCCGAUAUAUAUGAAGAGGAGGACGAAUGUAGUGCAGAAUUGAAUGGCGAUGAAUUCACAAAAGUAGAUCAAAGUCAAGAGGUAAAUAACAUAACUAUUAACUCUACAGUUGAAAGCGGCUCUCUAAAUGAUAAUUUGGAUAAUAAAACGGAAAACGAGGCAGAAAAUUUUGUAGCGCCAAAUACGAUUGACAACAAUGUUGACGUUGUUGAUUCCCCUAAUCAAAUACAAGAGGAAAACAAUGAAGAAACUGAAAAUCCCAAAAGUGAAACAGAAAUAGUUAGGAAGCCAAGACGACGUUGCAGUGAUCUGAGUUUUUUGGAACAAUGGGGUUGGCAUAAAAAUAAAAGAUAUUCUUCAAGAAAACGAAGUCAACAGGACAAACCGGAAAACGAUACUACAAUGAAUGGCUAUCUAAGGAAGAUUUUUUCUAAAGAUUUUGAUGAAAAUUUUGAUAAAGAAUCACCUUUUCUCCCUGAUAAGAAAGGGGAAGAAAUUGUUCUAUCUAAAAAACAAGAAGAAUAUAGUGACUUUUUGAAGAAAAAUGUUGUUAGUUGGGAGGAAUUUCACAGUAGUACUGAAGCAGACUUUCAAGAUUUUGUUAAAGAAUUGAAGAAUCGAAAUUUUGAUCUUUAUUGUUUGUUAUUCAUUUGGCUCAAAUAUAUUUCAAAGUAUUGGGAACAAUCCUUCACUCAAGAAAUAAAGGACAUUUACUAUGAAAUUUAUAAGUUCUAUAUAAAUCACUAUGAUCUUCAGACUUGGAACCUUUUAUCUAACGAUGAUUUUAAUGCUUCAUUUCGAAUGGCUCUUUUAUACUUGGAAAUUGAUAUUGAAAAGCAAAUAGAAAAGUCUAAAAGUUCUUGCACUAUAGCCACCGAUUCAACAUGGCGCACAAUAUUUUGGCAUUUAAAAUUUAAUUCUGGGAUAAUUUUUGUUAUUUCCGAUGAGGCAUAUGAAAAGAAUAUAAUUCGACUAGUUUGGUUGGAUUAUUGUGCAGCGAAGUUAGAAAGUAAUUGGAAUAAAUGUGUUGAAUGUCUUCAACAUCUCGAACGUUUGAUAGAACAGCAAGAUGAAAAAAAUUUUGUUUUGAAGUUUCCAAAUUUGAAACAAAACAAUUAUAUUGAUCUGGAAAGUGUUAAAUCAACAUGCGUUAAUAUUCAAAGACGUAUUAGUUUGAUUAAUGUGAAAAAUCUGUACGAUAAUCAAAAUUAUAAAGAGCUUUGUGAGAUUUUAAAAGAAAGUUUAAUAUAUAGUACUGAAAUUAGAAACUCUGAUGAUAGUGUUUUGAAAAUUCAGACACAAUUUGAAGUUUUGUUAGAGUCUUUAUGGAAUUCGCAGCAAUAUGAGGAUUGUAUGAUUUGGUCAGAAAGAUGUCUGUGCUAUGCUGUUCGCAAUCUUUUAGAUGCUCCAACCGAUACUUAUCGAUAUGAGGAGUGGGCAAAAAGCUGUAAUUUCAUACUUAUAUAUUUAGAGGAAUUAUUAUUGCCGAAUCCACGUGAAAUUUUGGAUAGUAUUAAAAAAUAUACUUCACGUUUGGUUCAAAGUAUAUCAAAGAUAUUAACACAUCAGUUUGAUAUACAGUUUAAUAAAAAUAAUAAUCCCCCGCAUCCAGUUGAUUGCAAACGAACUUGGGUUAUUCUACAUCAAAUUCUUUUAGUAAGGGAAGAAAAAAAUCCCGUUUUUGUAAAACCAAAGUCUCAAGAUGGAACAAUUUCGAUUGGGGUUGAAGAAAAUAUAGAGGAAAUGCUACCGAAAACCUUUUCAUUUCUUUUUACGGCACAUGAAUAUUUAGGAAGAAGAUUUUGGUGCACUAGAGACGGAGGAUUAUUUUUACUUUACAUUUUAGACUUUGUUAUUCCGAAAAUUCGAUUACCUUUAUAUGAUUCUAUUCGAGAUGUAGUUGUGGAAUAUGUUGAACAGCUCACAUAUUGUUUGUUUGGUUAUCCUGCAAAAAAGGCGAGAUCCAAACAUAUUGAAGAACAUGAUGCAAAAAAUAUUGAUAUAACCUUUGAAUUGGCAGUCAAAAUUUUUGAUUUUUAUCGUCCAGAAAUAUUACCGGAAUUCAAUUCGUACAAAUUAGAUUCUAUAUCUUCUGAUUUCGAAGCAUUAUUAUUAAAAAUUUUACCCCUUAUACCAAAGGAGUGUGAUCCAACAGAUUAUAGUAAAGAUAUACGAGAGUUUGUGAUUGGGCAAAACUUUGAACUGCCUGAAGAAGGAUUUGACAAGCUACCUUUUCGGAUUAAAUAUAUCUUUUACUUAUUGGGAGAUUUUUAUUUUAAAAAUAGAGAUCUUCAAAAAAGUAUAAAAUAUUAUAUAUUGGACUUAACAUGUGAGCCAAAAAGGUUUGACUCUUGGGCUGGAAUUGCACUUUCAAAACAAAGUCGAUUGGACACGAAAUUAAAUUCUUGUACUGCUGUUGACUUCAAAGAAUGUUUGGAUGAUGCAGAUAGUACCAAGAGAUGUUUCGAACAGUGCAUAAGUAUUAACAAGACCAAUACUUUGUUAUGGAUAGAAUAUGGCCAAUUCGCUUAUACUGUUCAUUCAUUUUGUUCACGAUUGUUGAAGCAUUGUAUGACAUUAUCAAUGGAGCAAUUUUCUUUCAUAGAAAGUGUUAAAGAAAAUUAUUUACAAACGGCACAAACUUGUUUUAUAACGGCUGACAAAACGAUUAAAGAGAAAAAAGACCCCGACGUUGAUGAGGACGAUGAAGAGACGCAUGACGAAAAGUGGCUACAUCAUUUUAUGCUUGGAAAAAUAGCUGAAAAACGUAAAGAACAUCCAAAAAUCUAUUUAGAUCACUAUUUAAUGGCGGCAAAUUUAUUACAUGAGAAUAACGCAACAUAUCCAAUAAAAAUCAAUCAUAACAAUCCAUCAACCCUCUCUAUAGAAGCUUUGGAAGUAUUUUAUAGAACAUCGUCGUCGAUAAUAAAAUAUUUAGAACAAAAUAAAGAGGUCCGUCGGGAUAUUGGAAAAUUAUUCCAACAAGUUCUAAAGGAGCUUGCUGGCAGUCCAUUUGCUUACAAUCAGGCGAAAAUCAAUGAUAGCAGUAUUAAUGCUUAUAAAAGAAAAUUGGCAGCUGAAAAAGCUGAGGCCUUGGCAAAAAAACAGAAACUAGAGGAAAAAGAAAGACUGCGAUCAGAGCGCUGCACAAAACAAAAUUCUCAAGAGCAAGCAACUGUUACGUCGACAACAACAAUUUCCAAUGCACCUAUGAAUGACACUAAUGUGACAGUAAUUUCAACAACAAAAAUCGAACAAACAACUAUUGAAUCUUCAUCAGUUGUAACAAGCACAACUAAUGAAAUAACUAAUGAAUCUAAUGAAAACAAGAUUGACAUAGAUAAAAGCAAAAGUGUUGAUUCUGAAAAAACUAGUUCUGGGACUGAAUUACAAUCAUCGGUUCCACAUGUAAGUGAUUCUGCACCGUUAAUCUCAGUUAAAGAAGAAGCUGUUGAAAUAAAAGAAGAAUUAUCUGAAAUGAAUAAAGAUGAAAAAAAUCAGGAUAUGUGUUUAAAAGUAAACAGUAGAUCUCAAACUCCAGUUCAGAAUGUUGAGAAUAUUCAAAGUGAGCCUGGAAGUCCAUCACGUCGCGGAUCUCAGGAAAGUUCAGCUACUACAACCACAACUACAGGAACAAGUUCAUCCUCCUCUUCGAGUGAAUCAUCAUCAUCUAGUUCUGAUUCUUCAUCAGAGGAGUCUGACAGCGGCGGUUCUACAGAAGAUGAAAAUGAAAAGCAUGAUGAAAAUGAACCGUUUACAUUUACAGAAUUGGAACCAAUUUACAAAAGCUGUGUUAAGAAUUUGGAAGAGUGUGUUACAAGAUUUCCUGAACACUAUAAAUCAAUAUAUCGUUUAGUGCAUCAUUAUUUAAACGCACCCGAUAAGUUAAAGAAUAUGCAAAAAUGUCAUCAGUUGUUAAUUGGAAACUAUACAACUAGUUUGGGUAAUCACAUUGCUGGUUUGUUUUCUGAUCGUAAAAAUAAUAAUUUUUUCAAUGGAAUUUGGAGGAUUCCUUCAUCAGAAAUUGAUCGUCCAGGAAGCUUUUCAACACAUUUAGUGAAAUGUGUAAAUAUUUUACUAGAAGUUUUGAGAAAAGAUGCCGGUCACAGUAUUUUAAUUGACAUGGCUCUACAAUUACACAGAACUCCAGAUCAAGAUAAACGUUAUAUUAGAGACUUUGAAAGAAAGGAAUUAUGUAAGCAAGCAAUGGCAUUUUGUGUACAAGUUAUGCGAGAUAUUUUGAAAAAGAAUCAAGAAAAUCGAAAUGAUUCAGAGCUUGUAGAACUCUUGUUAGAUGUUUAUAAAGCCCAUAAAAAAUGUAUCAAGCACAUGAAUCAAAAAGAAGCAUUAUUCUCUCAAUUGCUUGUGGAUACUUAUAAAUUUUAUAUGGAAGAUAAAGUAAAAAAAUUACCAGAAACAUGUAAUUUAUCUGAUAUUGCAAUUCGAUUUUGUGUUCAAGAAAUUUCGCGUCGUAAAACAAUUGGAAAGUACGGCGGUUCAAUGUUAAAUUCAAAUCCAGAUACAUUAAUGUCAAAUGUGUCUUCUAUGAGUGGACUAACUACAACUCAAAUUUCUAUAAACGAGUUGAAUAAUUUACAACAAGGAAUAACAUCUCGAGUAACAUCUCCUGCAGCAGGUUUUUCAGAUAUCAACUCAAAUACAAUAGUUCAACAGCAAAUUGCUCAAGCUAAUUUACUACAUAAAAAUGCAGGACCUUAUGUAAUUGGUCGAACACCUACUCCACCUAUGAAUAAACCACCAACCACACAAUUAGCUGGCGUUCCUUCUCGACCUCGGGGAAGACCAGUGGGUAGCAACAAAAAUAGUCCUAGCAUUAGUACACCAAACUUGUUAAAUACACCACCACAUGCCGCAUAUCCAAUGGAUGCAUCAUCGAUUGCCGCAUUAAUGGCAUUUUAUGGAAAUCCAGCAUUACCGCCAUCCGCUUCAAAAGAUACGAAAUUCAUGAAUAAUUUCUUCUCCGAGUUCUAUAAAUUUUUGGGUGCUAGUUCUGCUAUGAAUCCAACACCGACAGCACCAAUUGCAUCUCAUAACAUGACUUCACCAUUAUCUUCACCAAUUACGCCACCACAAAAAAAUUCAAAUUCAACUGUUAUAAUAAAUAAUGCCGUUAAUCCAUCUUUGUCAGUCAAUCAACAACAAAAAAACAAUGUCAAUUCUUCGAAUAUUGUGCUAGCGACGUCCCAGUUUCCUCCACAACCCACAUUAUCUUCAUCUCCGAAGUUACCACAAUUUGACAUAAAAAAUUUAAUAGCAUCCGCAGCUUCUCAAGUGGCACAAACAACACAGUCAGCUUCAGCUACUAUAACAGUUGGCAGUGGUGAAUUAACUAUUACGCCAGCAAAUACAAAAUCCCCCAACUUGGGGUCUUCAAAAAAUAUUGGCGAUCUUCCUACUCAAAAAGGUGGAAAAUCAUCACCUGCGUUAUCAGUAACAAAAGUCAAUCCACAAAAAUCUCCAGGUCUUAUUAGCGUUAAACCUUUAUCGGACUUAACUGGUCCACCUAAACCAAGCAUCCCAAACAUUUCCAAACUGCCAAUUCUUCCUGACUUACCUAAAUCUUUAACAAUAACACCAGCCAUGUCAACACUUCAUCAGCAGCCUGUAUUACAAGUUCCGUCAUCCUUAAAUACAAAACAACAAAAGCAAUCGCAAUCAGGCGGUGGUAAAAUAAAAUCAAGAAAAACUUCAACUGUAGUUACAGACUUAAUAAAUAAUCCUUAUAAACGCCCACCUUCUGCUGGUAAUACUAUUCCAAAUCAAGCUGAAUCUUUCUUGAAUCCAAUGGCAAUCGCAACACAAAUGCAAUACCCUGGAUCCUCCAAUUUUAAUGCAUCAACAUUAACGCAACAAGCAUCCUUGUUAAAUGCAUAUGCGGAUAUGUUGAAACAAGUUGGACUAGAAUCAAAUAAGGAUUUACUUGCACAAAUAACAAAAUCUCUUAGCCCUAAUUUUACUACCGAUAAAGGAAACACAAAAAAAUCUGCUUCAAAAUCAAAUAAGGCUUUAUCCGUCGCUAAACCCUCGAUUCCACAACGAACAUCGUCCAAUUCGUCGAAUCAGAAUGCGAGUGGCAUUUCAGUUCCAAUUGUUGGUAACGUACCCGCUAUAUCACCAAUAUCUUCUUCACCGACAAAUAAAUUUUCACUUCCAAGUUCACAAUUGCGUACCACUUCUUUUGCAGAUGCAUUCGUUGCAUCUUUGAAUAAUAAUUCAGGGCAAAGUUGUUACAAUAGACCAGGAUCAACACCUUCACCAUCAACGCAAGUUAGUCCUACAAAAACCUUGCAACAAAAGUUAGCCGAACAAAAGCAAAAGGCAAAUCAAAUGAUUGCUAAAAAUUCAGCUGGUUCAAGUUCUGGAAAUCAAAAAUCUUCGAAGUCGUCUAAUAAUGAUAUAGACAUUAUAGUUUUAGAUUAAACAUUUAGUAGACGAACAAAAACUGUUUUGCAUAACUUUCAAUUCGUUGAUAGUUAUAAAAAAUAAAAAAGUUUUUUAUUUUAUUCAUACAUGCUUGAUUUUGGCAUUUCUUACAUACAUAUAAUAUACAUACAUACAUAUUUUAUAUUUUAACAAAACAAAUAAAAAUUAUGAUUAGAUGCAUUUGUACUACUUUUUUCCAUGUCAAAAAUAUAAAUCGUGCAAGAAAAGAUCCUUUGUCUAUUUAUUUUGCAUUUAAUAUUUUGCAAGUUUUACUAUAGAAUUGGAAUAUUUUUUUUUUGUGUACGUGGAAUGAGAAGGAACGGUGCGCCUCGAAACUACGCGACUUUUUGUUAGGUCUUUCUUGCGUAGGCACUUAGCGGCUGAACUACAUUGGAACCCAAUACCCCAGAUUAUUGAUAAGAUACCUUAUUGUAUUACUUUUGCUUUACGAAAAUAACCUUCUUGAGCUAUCCCCAGCUCUAUCAUUAAUUCCACUCGUAGAAUCUAACGAAUUACGAACCUAACUACGACGUAGACUUUUGAAUGAUAACGAAUUUUUUUCCUAGAGGUUAUGAAUCACCAAUGGCUGUAUCAUUUUUCGGAGUGUCAAAAUCAGUAUUUUAUUUCGAGUAUCAAAUUAUUUAUAUUUUUUGGUUGCA